UCCUCCUCGCCUUCUGGCUUUUUCCCUUGUGUUACUGGAAUAGUUUUCACCUGUCCUGUGAGCCGAAUGACCCAUCCCCAGCUGUGCACUCAGGAUAAAGUUGUGGGGCAGUCACAGCUGUGCUUCUUGGUUAGGAGGGAGGCUGGAGACAGCGAUCUGCUGCUUUUGGGGGUGUUUUGUAGUUAAUUUAGGCUCACUGUGAUUUGUGUGAUCUUGCACCCAGGUAUAUUUUAGACGCUGUGGGUAUCUAGACAAACCCAGUGAAAAGAUAUAAAGGGAAGGGAGAAAGAAAACAUCUGGAACAAACUUUUUUAAAAGCUGGGAACCCAGGCUCUGAUGUUGGAUGUUCUUCCUCUCGCCUUGGUGUGCUGGUGGCUGUUAUUACCACUUCCAGCCUUCACGGUGUGUUUUCCUGCCUGGCAAGCUCUUGUUUCCAACCUAGAGAGCAAAGAAAGCCCUGAAGAAUAAAACUUGUGGCACUGGCGAGCCUGCUGCUGCUACCUCCAGCCUCCCUGGAGACAGCGCACGGGGUGGGACUAAGGUCAGAUUUCUGUCUGAUCAGUCAUCUUGGCAGACCUGCACCGUUACAAUAGAAGUGCCCAACACCUCCUGUGUGGAGACGGCGCAGCCAGCAUCGCCGGCUCUGUCCCCAGAGCAAGGGCUCUCAGCCAGCGUGGUAUGGCCUCAGGUGGGGACAGUGGAGGACAAGGUGUGGCAGAGUGAAGGAUUAUCUUCUGGUGAUGCCAUCCUGGUGGGAUGCGUGGGAGCAGGGUUUGGAGGAUGAAGGACCUUGCUGGCUCUCUCUGCUGUGGCCUUGACAGCAUCUACAUGGAAUUUUUCAGUUGUGCCCACAUGGGAGUCGUGGCUGCUGCCCAACGGCUGGGCAGAAACAGCACCAUGGUUAAUAAUUGACUGGUGAGAUAAUGAAAUAGCCGAGCUCGCUGUUUGCUUUUCUUCCUUUUCCACUGCUACUGUAACGCUGUGCACGACGGAAUGUAAUAAACCAAAGGGCAGUUUCCAUCAGUGAGGCAGAGCUUGCAUGUGGAACUCACUUGUGCAGCUUUGACGCUUGUGGUGCGUGUGGAGCCGCCGCUGUCUCCGAGCCAUCCCGGUGGUGUGGUGGGGCCAGAUCUUUUCUGUGGAUGUAGCUGGGAUGUGGACCCAAAGCAUUAGCUUUUGUUUUCUAAAGAGAAAACUGACGGUAGACAAUCCGGUCUGGCUCUGCUUCCUGUGGACGUGCGUACAGCUCUCGAGUGUCUUCUAGGCAUUACUGGAAUGUGACUACAGAGAAAAAUGUGCUUUUCUGACAUCUCUGUUGUGGAUAUUUAAUCAGACUGUGAUUUCUGGAAAUGUUACGCCAUGGCUUCGUCUGGAGGUGAGGUAGAAAGAUGGACUCACAGGCAGGGUGGCAGAAUGGGAGAGCUGGUAGAGCCUGUGUCCUCUCCUGGAAACAGUGAUCGUCUUUCCCCAGUGAAGUCUAUCGGCAGCGUAGAUCAUCUCUUGCACCUCCCGGGAAGAGCAGACUCUGCUUACAGCUCCUUCUCAGGGGGAUCGAAUGUUCCAGAGUAUCCCACCCCAUCGUGCUAUGGUGAAAACUGCUGUUUGCCUCCAGAGCAGGUGCCGUACAUGGACUCGGAAUACGUGAGAGGUAUUUAUAAUGUCAGUGCAGCAAACUCUGAGCUCCGAUGCCUGCACCCGUACAAGGCUCCAGACCUGAGCAUCCAUAACAACUCUCACAGCACAGGCCUCGCUGAAUGCUGUGAAAGCACUCCUACCCGAGGGACUGUAAAUCAGGGACUGCUGCCUCUGGCUGCCCUUCCACCUUCUCCUCCUGUGCGACUCGAUAGCUAUACAGUCACUAAACACCUUGACAACUCGAGAGGGAGAAGCCGCUCUGGAAGUCACAGUGAGUGCAGUGUGCAGUCAGGUCCGUGUGCGCAGGACAGUCGCCUGGCAGACAGGAAUGGACCGUGGAGCCAACACAGGGAUGAAAUGGCUGAGCAAGAUGUAGUAGCUACUAGGAGAGAGAAUCUGGAAAACAACGGCCUUUCUUCCGAUUAUACAAACAGGGUGUCUAUAUCAAAAAUUCAGGGGUUAAAGAUGGAGGAAAAUGGAGAGUGGAGCCUGUCCCAACAACCUAGAAGGAGAAGCAAUCCUCAUGUUUUCAGCAGACCUUCUUCAUUCAUUUUUCAAGAAUAUUUAAAGACUGACAGCGUGGCUCAUGUCUCUAAAAAACUUUCUGCUUAUAAUUCAAUUUAUGCUUAUAAAAUUCCCAAAGAGGUGGACUUCAGGUCCCACCACACAGCGCAUACCAACCCUGGGACUGUUAAUGAUACACAGGAAGACAAACAGCAUCCCCGCAGGGAAUACAAGCCAACUUUGAGAGAAGCAGAUCUGGAAAGCGCGGUGCCGGAACGCAGCCAACAGUGCCAGCUCCGCGCCAGGUUGCAUUUAGACUUGGAUGAAGAUGUGUUUGAGGACAGUUGUGACUUAAAAUGUAUAGAGAAUACUCUUCUACUGAAAAAUGCUUCCAGGAAGCCGAACAGUUGUACAGGUGAAAAUCAGUGCUGUGACUCUGAAGGAAAAAUUGGAAGUGAUGUUAGGGAACCAGUCCUGAGUCAGCAAGCAAAAAUGCAAAGAUUGUCACAGUCCUGCAGCUCUGGUACGGUGGAAGUGGAGCAGCCUUGCUGUGAGAAGUCAGAUCAGGGAAAUAAGGAAUGCUGUGAUAAUGCUAACCAAAUGUCUUUUUUCAGACCAAAGGAAGAUUCCAAAUCUCAGUUAUCACAUGAAGUCAAGAGAGAUAAACAAGCUAAUAGGAGCAGUCCUGACCCUAGCAUGCAACCUCCUGUUCAGAAAGAUCAACCUGAAUUUCAAAAACAUCUCUUCAAGCGCCUUCAGGAUGACCUUGCUGGUGAGCAAAUAACCAGGCAGACGACUCCUAUGCUUUACUAUCUUUCUGGGGGGAAGCCCACCAACAUCCUGCACCACAACAAGCUCACCCAAUGUCCAGAGGACUCGAGGAGCUCACCAAGGGAAUUUCCAGCAAACCAGUGCUCUGCCUCAGCCCAGUGCCUGGAGGCACAAAGGGAGAGCCAUCAGCUUCAAAGGACCAACCACCACCAUCAGUGUGGUGCUGAUCAUCUCCUGCUCAAGACUGAAGAUCUUGUUCUCGAGAGUCCUGCUUCGUCCAUGGAUGAGAGUUUCAAGAAUGACUAUAUAGAGAAACUCAAAGUAGCUCAAAAGAGGGUUCUGAGAGAAACCUCCUUUAAAAGAAAAGACUUACAGAUGAGUUUGCCCAUUAGACUCAGACAGAAACCCUCUAAAAGGCCUUCAAUUGAACACCUUAGGUCUUUGUCGUUAUCCAGUGCUAGUGAGGAUGCCAAAGCUGUUCCUUGUCCCCCUUCUCAUCUAGAAUCCUUGAGCAGUUUCAAUAGAGAUGAAGAAAUUAAGAAGCCACAGGUGGUUCGAAUAGGGGGAAGAAAAAGGGAAACAAAGGAGCAAAAGAAACUCUGUUAUUCUGAGCCUGAGAAACUGGAUCAGCUGGUGGAUAAGGAGAUACCAUGGGGUCAAGUCAGGGAUGAAAUCACCGAGCAAGAUGUGGUGGCAGCUAGGAGAAAGACUCUGGAAAACAGAGGGAGGGCACUUUCCAGUUCAAGUAUUUCCAGGACGGAGCUGAAACAAAUCCAGCACACUGCACUUGUCCAAUACAUGGAACGGAAGAUUAAUCAGAGACCAGGUAGUUCACAACACCUCCCGCUGCAUAAGCCCCCCCUACAGAAGAGGUUGUCGCAUCCCAGAUGGCCCCCUGGCAAGGUUUCCAAUCCAAAUGGGAGCAGGAAGGUGCAAUACAAUGAGGUUUGCUGCCAAGUUUUUGCUGAAGAAAAGCUGCCAGAUGUUUUUCCUCCUUUGGCUUUUGUUCCCCCAUUGAACGUGUGUGAUCCCAGCUCUGGUGCUGCCGGUACAGCGCCCCAGAAGCACAACCCAUCUUCCCAGGAAGCGGAUGAGAGCUGCACCAGUAAGUGUGCUUCAGCUGAAAGUCUCCCGUGGGCAGAUGCUCCUGCGUCUGGGAGACCUCGCGAGAGAUCAAAAUCGACUCCUCCUUCCACACAGGACGCUUACAGGUGUGCCAGUGAUGCAGCGGCUCCGUCUCAGCGUUGCGAGAGCUGUCUCAGUGCCCCCAGUUUCCAUCAUCCUGGGAAGGAUGGAUGCGAGAACGGUGAAUAUAGAGAGGAUGACGUAAGUGGACGUGCGUGUUGUCGGGACGCUAAGGAGCUGCCUCCCGAAAUCUCUGUUCUUGUCCCAAGAAGCGCAGGCGAGGAAGAUGCCCGAGUUGGGGAGGAACACAGGACUAAACCUCUGACAGACAGCGCUUUAGUGCAGCGGCCAGAGCAGCAGCCCGCGGCUGCUCCGGAGCAAGCAACGCCCUGCCUUGCCUUAGCUCAGCCGCACCCAGGAGACAGAAAUGCAGCCAAAGGUGUGAUUGUAGAGGACACGUCCGUGCGCAAUAGCCACGAGGAUAUUGUCCCUGAGGGAGAGACACAGCUGCCCAAAAGGAGACUGUGGUCUCCUGAAGAUCAGCGAUACGAAAAGCUUGCUCUGGAGGUCAUUGCCAAAGACAAUUCCCUGGUUGAUAUUCUCAUGCCUCAUCCUGUUGGAAAAACUGCACUAGACCUGAUGGAGAGUUUCUUUCCUGUUAACAUUUCCAUGCUGGAUAAAUCGCGCAGAAAAAAGGGAGACGUACGGCACGUGCAGGAGAGUGACAGGAAAAAUAGUGAAGAUGUGACAGAAGAAUGUCCUGUACCUGAACAUGAUGCCAAGCAAAGGAGUGAAGAUCCUCCCUCUAAGGGGAACCAGGUCCUGAGCAGGAGCAGAGACAGCACAAGCGACCCAGAUGACAUCACGUCUAAGAAACUGGAACUCAUCCGCAGCCUCCGGUCGAAGCUGCGGGUCCUGUGGGAGGAAAGGGAGCUCGUCCUCUCUGAAGCCAGGGAGUGCGCCGAGCGAGGCGAGGAGCUGGAGGCUAUGGUGAGGGAUGUCUGCAAGCCCAAUGAGUUUGAGCGCUACAUGAUGUUCAUCGGUGACUUGGAGAAGGUUGUGAGCCUCUUGCUGUGCCUGUCCAGCCGCCUUGCCAGAGUCCAGAAUGCCUUGAGAAGGAUCGAUGGCAAUACUGAUGCUGAGGAGAAGCAAUCGCUGAACAAACGGCACAAGCUCUUGUCUAGACAGCGGGAAGAUGCAAAAGACCUGAAGGAGAAUCUAGAUCGUAGGGAAAGAGUGGUCUCUGGUAUCCUCGCCAAGUACCUGACCGAUCAGCAGCUCCAAGACUACCAACGCUUUGUUCAAGUCAAGACCUCCUUGCUGAUCGAACAGAAGGACCUCGAAGAGCAGAUCAAAUUUUUUGAAGAACAAUUAGAAAAUCUGGAGAAGAGCAUCCCUCUCUGACGCCCACAGAGCGUCCGCCUUGCACAGCAUGGUUUGUGGCGUUUCCCUGGAGAUCCCCACGCGCUCACUGCACUGGGCUCGGUUUGGGCAAGUCUUGCAGUCCUGUUGGUGCCACAGUAUUGACGAGUGCUUAGAUGCUCUGGGGAUGCUCUAGGCACACGCUGGACACCCUUCCCUGGUGGACAAGCCAACUGGCAGCGUCUUACAGCGUGUAGCAGACCCUAUUUUGGAAAUGACUGAUAGGAUGUGUUGCUCCUAUUAACUUGGCAUGUAUUUCCCCUUCUUGUUGUCUGUCCAUCUGUUUCCAGAUUGACAUAAUUUCAAUAAAAGAAUGAUGCAAAUAU